AUGGACGACGUCGACAUGACUGACGCUAGACCAUCCACCGACCACAGUCCGACAUCUAUCGAGGAAGAGACGCUCCCCUUACUCUACGAUCUUGACAAGCUGACGCAGAUUCCAGAAGGGGAGUUCACCAAGGACAUUCCCCCACCACCGAUCGGGGAGUUUAACAAGAAUAUAAAACAAAAUCCGACGCAAAAUGGACGGCCAGGAACUUCGUCGGCACCGGCCGGCUCUGGAAACCAGGUUGAGGUCGAUGAGGAGGAGGAUAGGGGGGAGGAGGAGGAGGAGGAGGAGGAGGAGGAGGAGGAGGAGGAGGAGGAGGAGGAGGAGGAGGAGGAGGAGGAGGAGGAGGAGGAGGAGGAAAGCGAUGACGAAAACGACGAGCGUCCGCCGCGUAGCACUAGUCAGCGCACCUUGGAAGAACGGCUUAGGCGGGAACUUGAAUACAUAGAUGAUCUGCUCGAACAGGACGAGGAUGCCGACCAGGAGAAUUUGUCGGUGCCGCGCGAACAGUGGAGGGCGGCAGACUUCGUCGAUGAAGAUAUGGUGUACGCGCCCAUCGACGUGCUCGUCUUGGACGCCCUACGCUACCUGCAAAUCGUGGAGAGGAACAGCACGUUGAGGCAAUACACCUCGUGGAUUUAUCACUACAAGAGCAUAGGAUAA